GGGACGUAAUGCUAAGUAGUUAGCCUGGUGAAUAAUGUGGGAAUCUCGGUGGAAGCUGGCGAUCCAUGACCGCUACAUAUGACCCCGGACGAAACCUUGGACGUAACCAUGCGAGUCCAUAGUCAAAUAUUUCAGCUGACACGUACAUGUCUAUAGCGAGCGGUGAAUAGCUGUAGGCUGUAGCGCAACUCAACUUUCCCAGUAAUACGCAAGUUCUGCUCGGGCAAAGUCCGAAGGUCUCUCGGUUUAGUCGUCAAGCGCAAAGAAAGCAUAGGUUGAAGCGAAUUGCCGCUCUGGUUUGCAUUGAGAAUGACUUGUUCCUUCACCAUUAUCUCAGCCUUCUGUCAAAUGUUAGCCUUCGCGGUCAGUUUCAUUGAUGAGGUUACUCGUUUCCUGAAGCGGACGCGAGAGAGAGCUCUCAAAAGUACUCAAGAAAUCGACGUCCUUAACCCCGUAGUUUUAAAUGUCGGAUCGAUGGAUGGCAAGGCUCUGCUUCCACCGGCCCAGCUCCAAUUUCGGCGUCCGAAAUCUGACGCAGCUGUCACCGUUGCGUGCUGGGAAUUUGCCAACACAUGGAGAAGUACCUAG